GCUGCAGGGCUACAUUAAUUGUCGACUGCACGUGACGCAGUUAGGGCCGCCGGAUGUACCUUUACUGUACUUUACAUUCAUUUCGCUACAUGCAGUGUACCCACGCUGUUUAGUAGCUAGCGACCCCACGAAUUUUGAAGAUGAGCGAUAGCGAGUCUGACGAGUCUCAUCUCAUUGACAACACAACUUCCUCACACCAACUUGAAUGCGAUGAUGGAGCAAUAGCUAACUACAGCCAACCUAGCGUCCCAGACAUCAUCGCUAGCAAUAUUGGGAUGCUAUUCAUCAUAUCCGCACAGUCUUUCUCCGCAUGCAUGUAUGUUUCUGUGAAGAUACUAAACAGAUUGGAGACUCCAGUGCAUGCGCUUCAGGUUAUUAUAAUCAGGAUGGCCGUCACGUUUCUAUGCUGUGUGAUAUACAUGAUUAUUAUGAGGAUCCCUGAUCCGAUAACUGGCCCAAAAGAUGUUCGAUCGUUACUGAUCACUCGUGGCAUUACUGGGUUUUUCGGACUAUUCGGCGUGUAUCUGUCACUUGAGCAUUUAUCUGUCGCAGAUGCGACAGUCCUGAUUUUUUUGACACCUCUUACGACAGCAGUCGCUGGAUCCAUCCUCCUGAAGGAGAGCUAUUCCACCAAUCAAGCUGUCGCUGGAGUGUGCAGUUUACUCGGUGUGGUUCUCGUUACAAGGCCCCCAUUUCUAUUUGGCUCCAUCCCUGACGGAGGUCACUUGCCAGAAGGAACCCCAGCGGAAAGGCUGGCCGCUGUUGGCGCAUGUAUGAUGAGCGUGAUCGGCAAUACUGGUGCAUAUACGUCGAUUCGUGCAAUUGGAAAACGCGCCCACCCGAUGCAUGUGCUGACAUUCUUUUCGCUGUGGUGCACCAUCAUAUCAUUGUUGGGGAUGAUUGUUUUAAGUAUCCCGGUUGUGUAUCCCACACCAUGGGGGUGGAUGCUUUUACUCAUGGUUGGUGUUUUUGGCUUCGUGACGCAGACUCUUUUGACAAUGGGGCUGCAACGAGAAACAGUGUCGCGUGGUGUCACUGGAAUGUACACCCAGGUGCUUUUCGCUGUGAUGCUGGAACGCGUAAUCUUCGGAGUUAUGCCGUCCUUACUGUCAAUUGUUGGUGCCGUUAUCAUCAUGUCUUCUGCGUUCUAUGUCGUCAUGAACAAGUAGAAAAAUGUCCAAGAGAACGCCUCUAAUAAUACAUCGUGACGUACAAGUGCAUCGCUCUAAACCAGCAAUCUGACUUCAGAAGUUUAACGUUAUAGAAAGAUAACAGUUUUAGCGUGCAUAAGAGCAUUUCCCCUCGGACCAGUGUUCUCUCGAUACCGUUAUAAGCGGCUAGGCAGCGUCAACUGCUCUAUAAUAGACUCGCUUGUCCCCC